AUGGAAGUUUUAUAAGUUUCACGAUUGAAAUAAAUUAGAACUUCAAGACAAAAGAGUAGAUCAUAAUUUGAACAUUAAAUAUAGGGAAAGGAUAAAAUAAUAAAGGAUGAAAAAUAUUUAGAAACUGUGGGUUUUAAUUAUGAAAAGAAGGCUUAGAAUAUGUAAUAAAUCCAUAAAAAUAAACUACAAGGAUUUAUGCUAUUCUAAAACAUAAGCAUAAAUAGAAGUUUAAUAGAUGCUUGUUAGCAUGCUGUAAUGGAAUAUGAUCAAUUUAGAAAAUGUACUCCAGAUAUUAGAGUAUUAAAGAGGAAACGAAAUGGGAAAAUUAUAUUUUAAACAAUUCCAAAAUUAGCAUUUCCAAAAUAACAAGUAGCAUCAACAACAUAAUAAAAUUUUAUUAUUUCAAGAUUGUAACUAAAAGAACAAAAUUCUUUCAGAUUAACAAAAGCUUUUAAUGAUGAGAAAAAGGGUGUGUUUUUUUCUGAUAGAUAGAUUCAAAAAAGUGAAUUUCUUAUUAAUAAUUUUUAAUGA